AUGCUGGCGGCACGGACGGGGACCAUGGGCAACAAAAACGCCGAGGAAGCCCUGAAGCUGAGGAAGCAGUCGGUGCUUUCCCUGGGGAGCAGGGACAGAGCCCGGAAGAGCUCGUCGGAGAGCGGGAAGGAGAGUCGGGCCCGAGGAGGGACCCUGCAGCCCGGAGCCCGGCGCCUGGCCCUGCUGCGGGAGCUGGAGAUGAACUGGUACCUGCGGGGCUGCGAGCUCUCCCGGGAAUACACCAUCGCCUACACCACUGGGAUGCCCCACAGAAACCUUGGAAAAUCUGGACUGAGAGUCUCAUGCCUGGGCCUGGGGACGUGGGUCACUUUUGGAGGUCAAAUCUCUGACGAGGUGGCUGAGCAGCUGAUGACCAUCGCCUACGAGAGUGGAGUUAACCUGUUCGACACGGCCGAGGUGUACGCGGCUGGCAAGGCUGAGGUUAUCCUGGGGAACAUCCUGAAGAAGAAGGGCUGGAGGAGAUCCAGUCUGGUCAUAACAACAAAAUUGUACUGGGGUGGAAAAGCUGAGACAGAGAGAGGCCUGUCCAGGAAGCACAUCAUUGAAGGGCUCAAGGCUUCUCUGCAGAGGCUGCAGCUGGAGUACGUGGACGUUGUCUUCGCCAACCGCCCGGACAACAACACCCCCAUGGAAGAAAUUGUGCGGGCGAUGACGCACGUGAUCAACCAAGGCAUGGCCAUGUACUGGGGAACGUCCCGCUGGAGCGCCAUGGAGAUCAUGGAAGCCUACUCUGUUGCCAGGCAGUUCAACAUGAUCCCACCCGUGUGUGAACAAGCUGAAUACCACCUCUUCCAGAGAGAGAAAGUGGAGGUUCAGCUGCCAGAGUUGUAUCACAAAAUUGGGGUUGGAGCAAUGACGUGGUCCCCCCUUGCCUGUGGGAUCAUCUCAGGGAAAUAUGGCAACGGGGUCCCCGAAAGCUCAAGGGCUGCCCUGAAGUGCUACCAGUGGCUGAAAGAGAAGAUCAUCAGCGAGGAGGGCAGGAAGCAGCAGGUGAAGCUGAAGGACCUGUCGCCCAUCGCCGAGCGCCUGGGGUGCACGCUGCCACAGCUGGCUGUUGCCUGGUGCCUGAGAAAUGAGGGGGUGAGCUCCGUCCUCCUAGGAUCUUCCAACCCUGAGCAGCUGAUAGAGAACCUUGGAGCCAUACAGGUCCUCCCAAAGAUGACAUCCCAUAUUGUAAACGAAAUAGAUAAUAUUCUGGGCAACAAGCCCUACAGCAAGAAGGACUACAGGUCAUAAGGUGAUGCAUGAUUCCCUGGACUGCAUGGUUUAACCAGUGCUCUGCACUGAGGUACAGCCCCGAGUCAAUAUCCAGCCUUCAGAAUCAUUCAGCUGCUCGGUGUCUGCUCUCACUGGAGCCUUCCAGCUGUGUGCUCUGGCUACUAAUCUGCAGUGAAAUUUAAAAGCACAGGUUGGUCUCUCUUCUAACCAAGAAUAAUCUUGUAUUUUCUUACCUUCGACUGGAUUCAUUAAUUUUUACUUUCCUCUUAGCACCUCAUGCUUGUGCUGUGAAAAACACUUGUAAAGCAAAAAAA